AUGGUAGGCAGGUGGGUCAAGUCUGGUGAAUGCGUCGUGUGUGGGGAGAACUUCUCGCCACAAGUUCAACACGGUCUUCUGAGUCGCGACGCGAGCAAUAUGACGUGGUCGAGCGUGGCCAUGCAACAGCACCAGUAUGACUUGCCUGCUCCCUUGACCACUGUCGCGUUCCGCAGUCACCGUCUGACGGCCAGUUCCCCGAAGUUCGUUGUAACGUACACCACUAAUGUCCCCCCCCCCGAUGACCAGACACGCAGUAGAACCCUCGUCAUGUGGAUGUCGUGUUUUGGUGUCGAUGUACUGGGUUACCCGGGGUCUACCCACGAUACCCGAGACGGUCGGGCCAUGCCCUCGUUCAUGAUUGGCGACAUCCUUGAACAGAAAAGCAAGCUUCAAAGUCCACUAGGGGACGAUGGCGGGACGCCACGCGGUUGUACUCCCACCUGGCACCUGUCUCCCCCGAAGGAGCUUUCUCCAAUGGACCUGUGUACGCGACUCCCCUUCACCGUCACCGCGCUGGGUAAUUGGCUCCCCAAUCAGCCCCUUCCACCUGACCUUACUAGGGGGUUGCGAUUGACACCACAGGACUCCGUUCGUCUAGAAGACGGUGAAUUUGCGGGGUGCAGUGUGUCCCGAGCACAACGAGUCCCAUGGGUGGACCAAUCAGCAGCCAUUGGAAUGAGACUCAAUUCGCAAAUGGCCCGGCGACGGCAGAGCGUGAAGACCAAUGAUCCACUAGUAGUUGACUCCACGUCCUACAUUGCUGAGCUAACUGUUGUCACUAAACACUGUACCAGUUUGAAGAGUUCGGCCAAAUCGCCCACAGGAUCAGGAUUCGCUUCCAUCAAUCGCUUCGUCUGUCGAAACCAGACAGCUGAGUGA